AUGGGCGAUCUCAAGAUAAAACACCAAUUUAUAUCGGUGGAGCACCCUCAGGCUAAUGGACAACUCGAAGCCGCAAAUAAAGUCAUACUAGCCGGGUUAAAACUCCGACUACAAGGCGCAAAGGCAUCAUGGGCAGAUGAACUUUCCCAAGUCUUAUGGGUAGAUGAACUUCCCCAAGUCCUAUGGGCAGGUGAACUUUUCCAAGUCUUAUGGGCAUAUCGAACAACUCCUCAUUCCACAACAGGGGAGUCACCUUUUCGACUUGCUUAUGGAAUGGAAGCCAUGAUUCUUAUAGAAAUUACUGAAGAAUCACUAAGGGUUAUGUUCUACAAUGAAGGGGUCAAUAACCAAACCCAAAAGGAAGAGCUCGACCUCCUCCCAGAAGUCUGA